UCAAAUUCAUUUAUUCAGUCGCAUGUCAUAAUAAACAAACGUGCGAUGCUAAAUUUUUACGCUGAUUAUUGAUUUGUUUUUGGGAUAUUUACUACUUUAAAUCAUGACAGACAUUUUAAUUGGAGGCGAUGUGAAGAAACUGGAGACAAAUUGCAACAAGAAAUUGAGCGGAUUCGUUGGUAAACUCAAUCAAUAUUCAAAUACGAUGAAGAAACAUUCGGCGGAGCUAAAAUUAAUCGCAGCCGAUUUGGUGGUGAGGUCACAACAAUUGCAAAAACUGGAAAAUAUCAAGCCAGAGAAUUUAAAGUGUUACUCAGUGGACCAACGAGAUAGAGUGCUAUCGGAAAUUUUGUGCCAAGCCAAUGUUCAAGUCAUUACGGCGAAUAGAUUGAUUACGGAGCUCGAGGAUUUCCACAGAGAACUAAAAGCCGAAUACCGAAAUCUCUCCGCUUUGGCCAAUGUUCUACAAAUCACCACAGCCGAAAGUUUUCUUUUAGUUGGCGAUUGCAGACAAAAGCCAAUCACCUACUAUCUUGAAAAUGCUUGUCAAGUGCUGCAUAUCUGGAUGCUAUACCAACGAUCAUUGCACAUUUUGCUCAAUCGAAUUGACAUGAGAAACGAUGAUUCAAUCAGGCAAUUCGAGACAAUGACGCCAAUACCACAGCACCUAUCAGCUAAUCUUGAUCGAUAUUUGCUAUUUUCAACAUUUUUACUCGCACAAAAGUGAGAAUAGAACGAUAUUUAUUACAAUUGUGAUAAUUUUUUACACGACAAACAACAAAACCGACAAAAAUAAACCAUAAAGAAAACAAAA